AAAGAGUUGGUUGACCUUCACAAAGAAUCUGCUGAUGGAAAUGAAGACCCCUUACAAGAUGAUGAAGUUAUGAUUAUUCAGGGAGCUCUAGACAUGAGAAGUAAAACAGUMAAGGACAGGUACACACCUCUUGACAAAGUAUUCAUGUUGAGCAUAGAUGACAAGCUGGACGAUGAUACCAUGAAAAAGAUCAUUUCAACUGGUCAUUCCAGAGUACCAGUUUACAAAGGAAGCAGAGACCAUGUYGUUGGCCUKUUAUUGAUCAAAUCAUUGAUACGCCUUGAUCCAGAGGAUGCCACACCSAUCAAGAAUGUAGUCCGGUCCAAGGAAGGCUCGUUGUUGUCAGUUGAGGGWCAUGAACCCUUGUUCCAGCUUCUUGAUAAAUUCCAGGAAGGGAAAAGUCACAUGAGUUUAGUUUAUGGGAAAACAUUUGAGGAAAGACCAGAAAAGCGUCUUCUUGGUAUAAUAACACUAGAAGAYGUCAUUGAGCAGCUAAUUCAGGAGGAUAUUUGGGAUGARACWGAUCCUGCUGCAUUACGACCUGGGGUUGAAGGCAAGGUUACCCUYGCUCGUGCKAAAAUKAGAAGAAUGAAGUCUACAGAUGUACGUUCACCRCCUCCACAAUUACAAAGAACCUUCUC